UCCCCGCGGCCGGCUCUGCGGAGUCCCGCUCGGGUGCCUCGCCCUCCUUGGAAAAAGUUGUUAACUUCGCGGGGAAUGCGUGCCUUCCUCGGCCGGACCUUCGAGGGUUUGCGCUCCGGCCCGCCGUCUGCGAUCGCGAUCAUUUAAAAAAAGGGGGAAAAAAAAGCGACUACAAGAUUCCUCUCCCGUGCGUCUCCCGCCCGAGAAGGGGCAGGUGGACCCGGGCGUUAAAAUGCAGGGAGGCGAGCCGGCGUCCACCCUGCGAGUGUCGGAGAGUGAAGGCAAGCUGGAGGGCCUGGCCGCCGCCGUGACCCCCAGCAAGAAUGGCAGCAGCAGCAGCACCACCACCACCACCACCAGCACCAGCUGUGCGGGUGGCAGCAGCACCCGAGGGGGCAGUGCCAAGAGCUGGCAGUACAGUGAUCACAUGGAAAAUGUUUAUGGCUAUUUAAUGAAGUACACCAACCUUGUCACUGGGUGGCAGUUCAGGUUUUUUGUCUUAAACAAUGAAGCUGGGCUGUUGGAGUACUUUGUGAAUGAACAGUCUAGAAAUCAGAAACCCAGAGGUACUUUGCAGCUCGCAGGUGCUGUAAUAUCACCCAGUGAUGAGGACUCUCACACUUUCACCGUGAAUGCGGCCAGUGGGGAGCAGUAUAAACUCAGAGCCACUGAUGCUAAGGAGAGACAACACUGGGUUAGCAGACUGCAGAUAUGUACACAGCACCACACUGAAGCUAUUGGAAAGAAUAACCCUCCUCUGAAGUCUCGGAGCUUCUCCCUUGCAUCUAGUGGCAAUUCUCCUAUCUCCCAGAGGAGACCAAGUCAAAAUGCCAUCUCUUUUUUUAAUGUGGGACAUUCCAAACUGCAGGCAGUGAACAGAAGAGUUCACUUACCACCAGACCAUCUUGUGGAAGUCAGAGAAAUGAUGUCUCAUGCUGAAGGCCAACAGAGAGACUUAAUCAGACGGAUUGAAGGCCUUCCUACUUCUGGCUUUCUUAGCUCCUUGGACCAGGAUCUCUUAAUGCUCAAAGCUACUUCCAUGGCAACUAUGACCUGCUUAAACGAUUGUUUCCAUAUCCUACAGUUGCAGCAUGCAUCACAUCAGAAGGGCUCACUGCCUCCAGGAACAACAAUCGAGUGGUUAGAACCAAAGAUCCCUUUAUCAAACCACUAUAAAAAUGGAUCUGAGCAGCCCUUUGCAGCUGAGCAGAGCAAACCUCUGGCAGUCCCAGAAGAGCAGUCUGCCGCAGAAUCUGGACCAUUAGCAAGGGAACCUGAAGAAAUCAAUGCAGACGAGGAGGUGGAGGACACGGGUGACAGCAAGGAGGACGACCUGGGAGCUGUGGAAGAGCAGCGCAGUGUGAUCCUGCACCUGCUGUCACAGCUCAAACUGGGCAUGGACUUAACAAGAGUGGUACUGCCUACAUUUAUCCUAGAGAAGCGGUCCUUGCUGGAAAUGUAUGCAGAUUUUAUGUCUCAUCCAGACCUCUUCAUAGCCAUCACUUAUGGCGCCACACCUGAGGACAGAAUGAUCCGCUUUGUUGAGUACUACCUUACCUCAUUUCAUGAAGGCCGCAAAGGAGCCAUUGCUAAGAAGCCGUACAAUCCUAUCAUUGGAGAGACAUUUCACUGUUCUUGGAGGGUGCCCAAGAGCCAGGUGGUGUCCAGUGUUGGGAGUGGCUCUUCCUCCCAGAUAGUAACAAACUGUGCCCCUCCCUCAGAGGAGUCUCCAGUCCAGGUGGGAUCGGACUGUUACACAGUCAGAUUUGUUGCUGAGCAGGUUUCCCAUCAUCCUCCAGUCUCAGGAUUUUAUGCCGAAUGUGCAGAGAAGAAGAUGUGUGUAAAUGCACAUGUCUGGACUAAAAGCAAAUUCUUAGGCAUGUCAAUAGGUGUGACAAUGGUUGGUGAAGGUAUCCUUAGUCUAUUGGAGCAUGGAGAAGAAUACACAUUUUCCCUACCUUGUGCAUAUGCCCGGUCAAUUUUGACUGUUCCUUGGGUAGAACUAGGUGGCAAAGUCAGCGUCAACUGUGCAAAAACUGGGUACUCAGCCAGCAUCACUUUUCAUACUAAGCCAUUUUAUGGUGGCAGACUGCACCGGGUUACAGCUGAAGUGAAGCACAACGUCACCAACACUGUGGUGUGCAGAGUUCAAGGGGAGUGGAAUAGCGUCCUUGAAUUCACCUACAGCAGUGGAGAGACAAAGUACGUAGACCUGACUAAGCUGGCAGUGACGAAGAAAAGAGUAAGGCCUCUGGAGAAACAGGACCUGUUCGAGUCAAGACGAUUAUGGAAAAAUGUGACAGACUGUCUGAGGGAAUGUGAAAUGGACAAGGCCACAGAGCAUAAACGUGCCCUGGAAGAACGCCAAAGGAACGAAGAAAGGCAUCGUACAGAAACAGGCAUUCCCUGGAAAACCAAGUACUUUAUCAAAGAGGGCGAUGGCUGGGUUUAUCACAAACCCCUUUGGAAAGCAAUUCCAACACAACCAGCAGAGUGACACACAGUCUCUAAGAUUCGACCAAAUGAGGUUCUUCUCUGUUUACCCCAUACCCUCUCAGACCGGAGUCAUUGCACUGAGCGACCUGCUUCUGAUCGUGCAUCCUGAACUAGCUAAACACAAAUGUACCUACUAGGGCACCAUGAUACUGCAGCAAGACCAAAAUGUUCAAGAAACACGAUGGACCUCUCACCAACCUGUCCAAGUGACGUGAGCAAUAGCAUCCCCCAGGCUUUGACCUGAAUGACUAGAUGAGUCAUCCUCUGUUCCUGGUCCUGAAGCUGCUUGAUUCCCCUGUCUUGGAACAGGGGCAGCAGAUAUACAACUCAGUGUUGAUGUGUUUGUAGUGAAAAGUGAAGUCUCUUUCAGAGCUUAUGUUUUGCUUUCUGUUCAUAGCUGAAGUAUUCACUACUCUUCUAAACCAACCAGGAGGGAGAAGAACAGGAUCCAGAAGAGGAUUCAGCCAUUGUGCCUGAAAUCAGUGUUAAAAACAAACAAAAAACAACAACAAAAAACCCCACCAGGUUGUAGUAACAAGGCAUUCUUUUUCUUCUAAAAGACUGUGCCUGUGUCUGAGGAACUUACCCAUUAUCCACCUGUGUUGGAAGUAUUUUAAAAGUAUAUUUAUAAAAUUGAUUAGAAUUAUAACCAUGGAGAAUUUUUUUCUUCUGAGCAUUUUAAUAUACUUGAAAACAACAUUGACUUGAAAAAUUUCAGAACAUUUUUCAAUACCUAGUUUUAUUAAAUAUACUUAAGAGACAAUUUUUUUAAAUGUGUUCAUGUCAAUAUGAGAUUUUGGCCUUUCACAAGAACUAAGGCAUUAAAGAAAAGAGCAAAUAUUUAUAAAAA